AUGGGCGCGAGCCAGGGCAAGCAGAGCGGGAGCGAAGGGAAGGGCAGUUCCAGCAUUUCCUCCGACCUGAGUUCAAGUACGGAUCAGACGUCGACCAAAGCGCUGAAGAAUGCAGCUACCAGCGAAGACUCGGACGUGAGCAUGCGUACUCUGAGCACGCCCAGUCCUGCUCUCAUCCUUCCUCGCUCCUCGCCCGCCUUCUUCAAUGGCUCCUCGUUGUCAUUCAGUCCCGAGACCACGGGCCUCACCUACCCCCAGCGUGGGAUGUGUCAAUCCAAAGACCAGCAUCAGGGCGCCCCCAUCGACAUGCUGCCGGACCACGCCUUCCUUCAGAUAUUCGCCCAUCUGCCCACCAACCAGCUGUGCCGCUGUGCCCGGGUGUGCCGCCGAUGGUACAACUUGGCGUGGGACCCGCGGCUCUGGAGGACUGUGCGCCUGACCGGCGACGUUUCUCACGUGGACCGGGCGCUGCGGGUGCUGACGCGCCGGCUGUGUCAGGACACGCCCAACGUGUGUUUGACUGUGGAGAUGGUGGUGUUGAGCGGCUGCCGCAGACUCACUGACCGGGGUCUGUACACGCUGGCACAGUGCUGCCCCGAGCUACGGCGACUCGACCUGGCCGGAUGCUACAACGUGUCUAACGAGGCUGUGUUCGAGGUGGUCUCGCGAUGCCCUAACCUGGAGCACCUGGAUGUCUCAGGCUGCUCGAAGGUGACGUGUAUCAGCCUGACGCGGGAAGCCUCCAUCAAGCUCUCGCCUCUGCACGGUCAGCAGAUCUCCGUCCGCUUCCUGGACAUGAGCGACUGCUUCGCGCUGGAGGACGAGGGUCUGCACACCAUCGCGGCUCACUGCACCCAGCUGACGCACCUCUACCUGCGCCGCUGCGUCCGCCUGACCGACGAGGGCCUGCGCUUCCUGGUCAUCUACUGCCCGGCGGUGCGCGAGCUGAGCGUCAGCGACUGCCGCUUCGUCAGCGACUUCGGCCUGCGCGAGAUCGCCAAACUGGAGGGUCACUUACGCUACCUGAGCAUAGCGCACUGCGGUCGCAUCACAGACGUGGGCAUCCGCUACAUCGCUAAGUACUGUUCCAGACUGCGCUACCUGAACGCCCGCGGCUGCGAGGGAAUCACGGACCAUGGCAUCGAGCACCUCGCCAAGAGCUGCUCCAAGCUCAAAAGCCUGGACAUCGGUAAAUGCCCGCUGGUGUCGGACGCCGGGCUAGAGGUUCUGGCGCUCAACUGCUUCAACCUGAAGCGUCUGAGCCUGAAGGCCUGCGAGAGCAUCACGGGCCGCGGGCUUCAGGUGGUGGCGGCUAACUGUUUCGAUCUCCAGCUGCUCAACGUGCAGGACUGCGACAUGCCCCUGGAGGCGCUGCGGUUUGUUAAGCGCCACUGCAAACGCUGCAUCAUCGAACACACCAACCCGGCGUUUUUCUAAACGAUGCACAAGAGCGACUGGUUCCAGUCGAGUACUUUUAUCACCAGUGUACUAAUCUGAACGGAAGCUACGUCAAGCGUUAUUGUAAUCAUUGUACAGUGCUAACUAGUCCCGGUUUUAUUCACUGUUAGCAAGGCUAGCACUUUUGGGGUCAGAUAUUUAAGUGAGGUCUGGAUACAGUGAAGUAAAGCCAGUCAUGAUGAUGGUUUUUUAAAUCUGAAGUUAAAGCUGAUACAGCCAGGCUCUUGUUACUGUCUGUAUGGAGUUUGGUAUGUUUUCCUCAUGCCUGGGUUGGUUUCCUCUAGGUACUUUGGUCCCCCCCACCACCACCUUCCAAACUACAUGCAUUAAGUGAAUUGGUGGCUCUAAGGUGACUCUAGUUGUGAUGAAAUAUGUGAUUCCUGUAUUUACGGGAGGUUCAGGACCCACUGCAACCUGACCAUGAGUAAACGUUAUUUAUUAACUGAUUUUUGUACCGGCUGCAUAUUUUUGAGAAGGAGAAGCACAACACGAAGAAGAACAUGCCAAACUCCUCAUGGACGGCGACCAGAAGCGAGAUUUAAACCCAGGUCCAAGGAGUCACUUUGGUUUGUGGUACCUGCUGUUAAGAAACCUUAAGUACAAAUAAAUAACUGGAUAAAUGAAUGUAAUGUUUUAAUAAUCAGCAAUGAAUUUUACUGACUUUAAACUGUUCAUGACCCCCCAAACACCCCCGCCCCGCCCCGCCCCGCCCCGCCGCGUUAUCCCCUCAAACAUCAACCAGGUAAACUGUCUCAGCCAUACGUUAAUGUUGCAGAAACAAAUAUUCAUCUUAUCUUUACAAAUGUGCCAAAUGAAUGAUUUAAGACUAAUAAAGCAUUUUAUCUGCCUUUACACUUUUGA